AUGCCUAAUCAGCAUAAACCACUACCCCCGGAGCCCGAGAUAAGGGAAUCCAUUGAGUUUUAUUAUCAUCUCAACCUAGAUGAUCCCGGAAUUGCAACGCAAAUGAAGGAUCACUAUGAUACCGAGAAAUACGGCCUUAGUGUUUCGAGUAUCAAGAGGCUGCGUCGGAAAUGGGGACUUAAAAGCACAAGGCAGCAGGCCCAUACUCUGGAAUCCAUCGCUGAGGCCAUCCAGAAUAUACGCCAACAGUAUCCCAGUCGAGGAGCAGAGAUGAUUCGGAAACAGCUACGUGUAGAACUGAACAUGCGAGUGCCACGACCUCUCAUUAUGUGUUACUUAAACCAGACUGAGCCUGAUGCCGUUAAGGCUCGUCGUCGUCGUCGUUUCAAGAGACGCCGGUUCUAUGCUGCCGGCGUGAACGAUAUUUGGGCCAUGGACCAACACGACAAAUGGGGGCCACGUUUCGGCCUCUGGCUACACAAUGGUAUUGACCCAUUUAUUGGCAUUAACAAUUGGCUCAAGGUAUGGUGGACGAACAAGAAUCCCCGUUUGAUUGCGAAGUUCUUUUUGGAUCAUGUUCGAAAAUAUGGUGCAAUACCGCUUACAACUCAGAGUGAUCCUGGGUCGGAGAAUUAUGGCAUUGCAAAUAUACAGACCCGUGCACGCCAUGAGCUCGAUCCCUCUCUUGUGGGAACUCUUCAGCACCGGUGGAAGCGAAACAAGAUGAAUGUCAAAUCAGAGGCCAAUUGGUCUGUGUUCCGGCGUGAUUUUGCACCUGGUUAUGAGGAUUUAUUUGAAUCUGGUGUCAAUGCCGGAUACUAUAAUGUUGACGACAUACUUGAAAAUUUGGUGUUCCGUUGGCUCGCUAUUCCGUGGCUCCAGAGUGAACUUGACAAAUGGGUCAUUGUUCGAAAUCGAACUCCUCCACGCGCCAACACCAAGAAGGUCUUGCCUCAUGGGAUUCCGGAACUGAUGCGUGAGAAGCCAGAGCAGUUUGGAGCUCUCGAUUUUAAGAUUCCUGUACCAACAGAGCUCAUUGACCGUCUUGAAGCAGAGUUUGCUCCUCCUGACCACCCGGUCUUUCAGCUGACGCCACCCUUAUUCAAUCAGCGUGCAAGUGCUUUCUAUUCUAGCAUUGGGUCUCCCAUGAUCACUUUUCGUACAUUCUGGGACACGUACCGCCAACUACUCCAUUGUUUCCGUCAAGAUUUGGAGACUGACCAUGAUGAGGCAAUGGCCUCUCUCAUUUCUUCGCAACGCGCCCACACACAAGAGGUUGAGGAGGAUUCAAUUCCACUCAUGGAAGGUCUGAGGGAACUUUGGCAGGGUGAUCAAGUUGUUGGAGCUUAUAAUCAUGAUGGUGACGGGUCUGACUAUGCGUCCUUCACCGAUGAUUCAGAUGAAGAGUCUGAAGCUAACCUGCAAGGCGUGACAUUGGCACUCUUUGCAAGUUUCUUUCAUACUACCUGA